CCAACUUUAUCAUCUCUGGGAAUCAUAGAAGGGCUCAAGAGAGUUUCCGGAUCAGCACUUAAAGUCGUAAACCCUCAGAUCUCAACUUGCAGAGUUUCUAUGUCUUCUACCAUCGAAUUUUGAAUCAGCUUCUACUACACGCGUCUCUCUCUCUCUCUCUCUCUCUCUCUCUCUCUCUCUCUCGUUCGCUAACUCAAAUCCGCUUCUGGUUACCAGUGUUUUUUUGUCCUUUUGUUUCGAUCAUGUGGAGGUUCAAACCAUUUAUGCAAAAAGAAGCAACUGGUCUUGAAGGCCGCUCUAUUGAUGUUGGCAAUCUUAAGAUUCAAGUCCGGAAUUCCAUUGCCGAGGGAGGAUUCUCAUGUGUCUAUUUAGCUCGGGAUGCUGUGAAUGUUUCAAAGCAGUAUGCUUUAAAGCACAUAAUAUGUAAUGACGAGGAAUCACUGGAUCUGGUGAUGAAGGAGAUCUCAGUGAUGAAAUCCCUCAAAGGACAUCCAAAUGUUGUUGCACUCUUUGCACACACCAUCUUGGAUGUGGGACGAACGAAGGAAGCACUCAUUGUGAUGGAAUUUUGUGAGAAGUCCUUAGUUAAUGUGUUAGAGAGCAGAGGAGCUGGGUUUUUUGAUGAGAAACAGGUCCUCUCAAUCUUUAGGGAUGUGUGCAAUGCUGUUUUUGCAAUGCACUGUCAGUCACCGCCUAUUGCGCAUAGGGACUUGAAAGCCGAGAAUCUUCUGUUGGGGCCUGAUGGAUUAUGGAAGUUGUGUGAUUUUGGAAGUACCUCUACUAAUCACAAGCGCUUUGAGAAGCCUGAAGAAAUGGGUAUUGAAGAAGACAAUAUCAGGAAGCACACAACACCUGCCUACAGGGCCCCUGAGAUGUGGGAUCUUUUCCGGAGAGAACUUAUAAAUGAGAAGGUAGACAUAUGGGCUCUUGGUUGCCUCCUCUUCCGGAUAUGCUACUUCAAAAAUGCAUUUGAUGGAGAGUCGAAGCUACAAAUCUUGAAUGGGAAUUAUCGCGUUCCAGAACUACCUAAAUAUAGCUCUGCUGUAACGGACCUAAUCAGCGACAUGCUUCAAGCUUCCCCAGAUGACAGACCAGACAUCACGCAGGUGUGGUUUCGUGUCAACGAGCAGUUACCUGCUAAUUUACACAAGUCUUUGCCAGAUAGGCCACCUGAAAUGCGGUUUACUGACAUACAUGAAGGUAUAUCAAAGCCUGCAAAUAAGGCGCAUCCAGUGCCUCGUAGAAGUCCACCGCCGCCACCGCUGCCUUCAUCUGCAGAACCAACUAGAAACACAUCACACCCUUCAUCUAGGACUGGGGGAGGUCGGGGGCAGCUUGGUGCUUUCUGGUCCACUCAGCAUGCGAAGGACUCGGUUGCUGCUGAGGACACAACACCCAAAUUUCAUGAAGAGCCAACUAGCUAUAGCACAUCAAAACAUGAUCAAUACCCAGAGAAUCAUCCUUUGCCUAGGAACACUACCCCUGCUAAAGAGCUAAAUAUGCAAACCCAUGCAGUCCAAAGAAAUACGCACAAGCCUGGGGAUGGCCCUUCCAAGGACUUUGAGAUAAUGUUUUCCCAGAAGGAUACAGACCAUGGUUUGGAGAUGCUAAAACCAUCAAAAACUGAGAGCACAUCUGCUUUUCAAGAUGAGGCUUUUAACUCUUUUGUUGCCGAGUUUGAUACGAAUAAGUUCAGCUCUGGAGUUAGUAAUAGCAAAUCAGGAAAAGAGGAAGCAUUAGAGGCCAAGGUAGAUAAGUUGAAGGAGGAGCUGAAGCAAGCUAACUUGGAUAAGGCUGAAAUAACUUCCAAAUUUGAAAAGCUGUCUGCCAUUUGUCGAUCUCAAAGGCAGGAGAUACAGGAGCUGAAGCAAGCACUUGCAGCUAGAACUCCACCACAUAAAGAUGCUUCAAAAAAUCAAACUUCGUCUGGAACACGAUCUGCAACCCAUUUGCAUGGGGAGAAGAUUGAAGGAGCAGGUUGGGAAGGACAGCGAGAGAAAUCAGAUGGGAAUACUGCAAGCCUGGAGCCAAAGCCAUGGCUUGCAUUUGCCGAGGAACCUAAGCCGCAGCAGCUGCUUUCAACAGACAACCCUUCAAAAUCUGUUAGGACGAGAAAUAUUAACCAGAACAAGCAGGCUGCUCUAGUAAAUACUGGUUUUGAUACUUGGGGUUUUGGAACGGAGAGUUUUUCUGUUGCUUCGACUGUCAGCCCUCAGAUAUCUAGACCCAAUGGUGAAGGAUAUAAUUCUCAGCGCUUUGGUGAGGCAAAGAUGACAGAGAGCAAGCCAGCUUCUCAACCUGCUGGAUGGGCUGGUUUUUAACUUGUCCGAUCUGGCAAGGGUAUAAUUGAGGUAUUCGUGAGAACCUUGGCAUCCUUCGUUGCACCCUUUGGUGCUGGUUGCAAAAACUGAGGAUAGAGAAAUUCUAGAGAUAUGUGGUUUUUUGGAAUUGAUUCGUGCUGUGGAGUGCUUGUGAGUUGGAGAUCUUGCCAUGCGGUGACUAUUUACACAUGCUUUUGUGUACACUACAAUUAUAUACUUUGUGUGUCUCAGUUGGUUAAGAAAAUAAUCAAUUUCUGUCCA